AUAAAAGAGUAAAUGAACGGGUAGAUAAAAUAGUGAAUGAAAGAGUAAAUGAAUGGGUAUAUGAAAUGGUGGAUAAAAGCAUGGAUAUUUACAAAAGUGCAAAUGAAAAGGUAAAUGAAAUGCAAAUGGAAGGGCAAACGAAAGGGCAAAUAAAAGAACAAAUGAAAGGGCAAACAAAAGGGCAAACGAAAAUGGCGAAUACAAUCAAAAAGGUGAAUGAAAAAGCAAAUAAAAUGGUGAAUGAAAAAGCAAAUGAAAGGAUAAAUGUAAAGGAAAACGAAAAAGUAAAUGAAAGAAUGAACGAAAGGAUAAAUAACAAAGUAAACAAAAUAGUGAAUAAAAGAAUGAAUGAAAGAGCAGAUAGAAUAGCAAACAAAGGGGUGAAUGAAAAGGCAAAUGAAAGGAUGAACGAAACGGCAAAUAAAAGG